AUGAGCUUUUUUAAACCACACUCCGUCUACAACCCAAACGGAAGUAAAUACAUGUUCGACCAAAUUUUGUUUGCGAGGGAUAGCGAGUUUCUUCGGUGUUACUGCGCUGAGCUGGUGAAGGGGAAAAUGGCUCCGGAGUGCAACACAAACGCGCGGUUGCUUGUGGAGUACUUUAACGUGCAUGGGAAGUUACUCGACUUAAUGAAAGAAGUUGCGAAGCGGGAAAUUGAGACGACAAACACCGAGACACAAAUAUUUCGAGGAAACACUUCAUUCACACGACUGUAUGGGGAGUAUAGCCACUUGUGUUUGUUGCCAUAUUUGAGAGCUGUGACAAAGGACAUCAUCCAAGUCUUAAUGUCCGAAGAUACAAAGCUCGACCCUGAUGCUUUAAGUGUGGUAGACUCCCCAAAUCAUGCGGAGACAAUGGACACCUUCUGUAAAUUGGCUAAGACGUUUGCGACAAAGUUAGUCGACUCUGUCAGUCUACUUCCACUCCACUUCCAUCAACUUCUUCGAUUCAUCUCGGUCGAGGUUGGCAACAAAAAGUCGAAGAUUUCAACACCACAAAACACAUUUAAUUUGCUCUUUUUCAUUAGAACCGUCUUCCCAGUAUUCCACGCACCACAACAUGUGAUGGACACUAUACAACCACCAUCACCAGAAAUGGCUAAACGCCUCACCACAUUUUCUAAGACAUGUCAGUCUCUUGUGAAUGAUGGGUCUUUGAGUUCGGUGGUACCAAACGACAUAUCUGUGGUCAUGACAACUGCAGCAGGAAAGCUUUUUGAGAACUUCACACACCCAAGGUCGGGAUACAUGACUGAGAAAAGUGGGCUGGACUUCUCCCUGCAACCAGGAGCUCACCAGAAAAUCGUCGAGUUGGUCAGGGCAAAUUUGGAGCCGUUGACAAAUUUGAUGACAAGGGACGUCGAUACCCUGAAGGCCGCACUCGACACUGAGCGAAACGAAGACUCUGUGAUGACCGAAAUGCAGCAGUCGCUUGAGUUCUGCAGCAACACAUACAGUGAAAGAUUACAGGCCGUCGAGGACGAGAUCAAGGACUUGACUGGGGAAAUCGACUUUUACAAAACACAAUUGGCUUCAAUUAAGAAGGCAAUCCAAGACGAAGACGACCUCACUGUGAAACUCCAGGACGAAAUUUCUAAACUUGAGGCCGACUCACCUAAGCCACCUAUGUCGACACGAGAGAAUAGUGUUUCGUCAAAGAAGGACCAACCUCUCUAA